AUGGCGAGCAACCCGAAAACCCCGUCGCGCUUUCGCUCGCGCAGCGAUGCAAAGACGCCCCUCACGCCAUCUCUUAUUUCGUCCUUCAAUGCGAUUUCACUUUCGCCUAAAAAACAUCCGGCUGACCUUUCCAAUCCUUUCUUAGCCCGCUCACGGCCAGCCUCGCCAGUCAAACGAGCCACGACUGGUGCUGCUGCGUUCCCCUCGUCAAGUGGUGCAACUCAUGGAGGUGUCAUCAGAAAGGGUGGCAUCGAGUCUCGCCUUGAGGUCGUUUCGCAUGACUACCACCCUCCCAAGGUCAACCAGAACGCACGUCCAGAACUCAAGCGAUCCAGGUCUACGCCAUCUACGCGUGAACGCACCCUCUCACACUCGUCUUCUCAUGGAGACCGUUUUAUCACUACCCGCGAGGACGAUGUUGCCCCCGCAUCGCUGUCGUCUACAGCCACCGCAAACCUCGCGCCCACUGCAACAUCUUCUCCCGGCCACACAGCUCGUCUCGCGAACGCGACCGGCGUGCCUCUCAAUCGGCGCGUUCUCGCUUAUCACGAGCCUCCUCCCGCCUCUAGUAAUGCUGCCUUCCUCACAACUCAACGCAACCUCGCACGGCCUCUGUACUCCCGUGCAGACCUCCCCAGCUCUAACGGUACUUUCAAGGAUAAGAGUCGCAAAGUACCCACUACACCGGAACGAGUACUCGAUGCCCCUGGCAUGGUCGAUGACUUUUAUCUUAACUUGGUUUCGUGGAGCGCACUCAAUACUGUCGGUGUUGCUCUUGGAGAAAGUACUUAUCUAUGGAGUGCCGACACAGGCGUGGUCUCCCACCUCGGAGACGCACCACAAGGCACAUACGUCGCUUCUGUCGACUUUUCCAAUGAUGGUGCCUAUCUCGGGAUUGGGCUCGGAACGGGUGCGAUUGAACUUUGGGAUGCCAGCACAAGCCAGCGUCUGCGCACGAUGCAACCCUCAGGUGAUGCCGGGGGACAAUGUGCAUCACUCGCAUGGUAUGCACAUGUCCUGACCUCUGGGCACUCGUCGGGUACCAUCCAUCAUCAUGACGUACGCGUCCCUCGCCACCUUGUUGCAUCACUCGAAGGCCAUGCAGGUGAAGUGUGCGGUCUUCGAUGGAGUUCUGGCGGUGAGGUUUUGGCAAGCGGAGGGAACGACAACGUGGUCAACCUCUGGGACGGACGUGGGGGCGACGUAGGCGCUACUACAAGGGGCGCACCAAAAUGGACGAAGCGAAACCAUACUGCAGCGGUCAAGGCCCUCGCUUUCGCACCAUGGGCCCCGCUCCUUGCAUCAGGCGGUGGGACAUCUGAUACUUGCAUCCACGUCUGGAACACAACCACUGGUGCACGGCUACAUACGUACCAGACGGGUGCUCAGGUCACUGGUGUGCACUGGGCGCGAGACCGGAAGGAGCUUGUCAGCACACACGGUUUCCCGGGGAACGCCCUCGCAGGGUGGGCGUACCCCCCGCCGUCUGGGUCGUCUGGAUCACGAACAGGGGCAGGUGCUGCCGCAGGAUCAUCAUCGAGCGCCAAGAUCUUCGAGAUUAGGGAUGCCCACGAUGCCCGCGUGCUCUUCUCAGCCUUAUCGCCCAAUGGCGAGGUCCUUGUCACUGGCGCAGGUGACGAAAAUCUCAAGUUUUGGAGGAUCUGGGAAGCGAAGGCGGCGAAGAAGAAGAGUAAGGCAAAAGAAGAGACCUCUGUGGGAAGAGGCAUUCUAUCCAUUCGAUGA